AUGACUAGUACACGUAGCCACCACUGGACGCCGCAGGCACAUCCGUACCCUGCUGCGCGUCGCUCGGAUGCCAAAACCGAGUACAACAGCAAAGCGCACAGCUCUGUUACCGUCCCUGAGCCAUACGACUGGCUCGAGACGCCGUCGUCGCAGAGCAAAGAGACAGCUGAAUGGGCCCAGGCCCAAGAAGCGUACACCAAGUCAUUCUUGGAUUUGUGUACGGACAAGGACAUACUGCGCGAACGGAUCGAGCAAAACUGGGACUUUGCGCGUGCUUCGGCGCCGUCUAAGAAGGGCGACGGCCGCUUUUACUACUCGUACAAUUCUGGCUUGGCGCCCCAGAGCGAAAUUUAUUGCGCGACCCUGGACGAGAUCAAUGCCGCGCAAAAAGACGAGAAACAGCGCGCGGGCCAAGUGUUUUUCAACACCAACGUCUUGUCCGACGACGGCACAGUGGCGCUCACAUCCAUGGCCUUUUCCGAAUCGGGCGAGUACUUUGCGUACGGUGUCUCUGUGAGCGGCUCGGACUGGUUCAAGGUGUAUGUGCGCCGCACCGAUGCUCCGCUCGUCAGCAACGACGGAACUGAAGGCGGCGGAGAUCGUUUGCCAGACGUGCUGGAGAAUAUUAAAUUUUCCGGGGUCACUUGGACACACGACAACAAAGGCGUAUUCUACCAGCAGUUUCCCGCGGUAUCACAGGCUGACAAAGGCACCGAGACGGACGCGAACCAGGACGCUCAGCUUUUUUACCACUACCUCGGACAGCCGCAAUCGCAAGACACGCUGAUUGUAAGCAAAGACAAGAAGCUGCCGAGCUCCAUGUGGCACACUGAGGUGAGCGAUGAUGGAAAGUGGCUCCUGCUCGAGAACUCUAAGGACACGGAUACCAAACAUCGGUACUACAUGGCCAGUUUGGACCAAGGGAUCCGCUCCGACAUGCGCUGGAUUCCCGUCACAACGGAAUUCAAGCACAUGCUUGGCUACAUCACCAACAAUGCUAACCGCUUCUAUUUCCUUACCAACAAGGAUGCGCCGAACUACCGUAUUGUGUAUGCCGAUAUUGAUCCGGAUGCUGCACAGGCAGUCGAGCAUGUCACGGACUUGGGCGGCGGCGUCGACAAGUUUGUGGACCUGGUGCCCGAAGACAAGGACGCGAUCCUUACCUCGGCCAAAGUGGUCGCCCAGAACAAGUUGCUUGUCACGCUCUCCCGCGAUGUCAAGGACGAGCUUUGGCUUUUUGAUCUCGACUCGGGCAAGCGCAUCAUGCAGCUUCUCCCGGACCUGGUCGGAACCAUUAGCCAAGUCACGGGCAGGAGGGAGGACAGCGAGUCGUUUGUCUCGACCAUGUCGUUUGCAAACCCUGGCAUGAUAGAGCGCAUAUCCUGGGAGAGCGAAGAAAACGCGCAGGUUGCGACACCGCCAGCAUCUGUGAAGGUGUACAGCACCACCCAUGUCGCUGGAAUCCGCCCCGAAAACUUUGUGAGCAGGCAAGUCUUUUUCCAGAGCAAGGACGGUACUAGGAUUCCCAUGUUUCUUACCUAUUCGCGCGACUUGCCGCUGGAUGGCACAGCGCCCGCGCUGGUCUACUUCUACGGGGGCUUCAACAUCCCCAUCACACCCGUCUUCUCGCCAUCGAUGAUGACAUGGGUCGCUUCUUAUCGCGGCGUACUUGCGUUUGUCAACGCCCGUGGCGGCGGCGAAUACGGAGACAAGUGGCACGAAGCUGGGUCCUUGCUCCAGAAGCAGAACGUUUUUGACGAUAUUCUCGCGGGCACCAAAUGGCUGCACGAAAAUAACUAUGCGGCCAAAGGCAAGAUCAUUGUCACGGGCGGAAGCAACGGCGGUUUGGGCACUGCCGCGGUGGUGAACCAAUGCACGGACGAGCACGGAAUCGGUGCUGCAAUCGCCGAUGUCGGCGUGCACGACAUGCUCAAGUUUCCACUCUGGACGAUUGGGAAGGCAUGGUGUGCCGACUAUGGAAACCCACAGGAAGAUGCUGCUGCGUUUGACUACAACUAUGCCUACUCGCCAUUGCACAAUGUCAAGGGAGACAAGGUGUAUCCAACAGUCGUGCUCGCGUGUGCAGACCACGAUGACAGGGUCGUACCUGCGCAUUCGUUCAAGCUUGCAGCAGAGAUGCAGUACCAACUGAAAGACAAUCCGAAUCCGCUCUUGCUUCGCGUCGAGAUAGACGCCGGGCACGGCGCCGGGAAGAGUACGCAGAAGCGCAUUGCAGAAGCGAGUGAAAGUAUGUAUUCCUGUACACUAACGACAGAAUAUGCAAUUGCUGCAUACAUGCUGGGACUUCAGCUGCAUCCGACCUCUGCGUUGUAA